AAACCGAGUGAAGAGGUGAAGAGUUAAGCGAGAGUCGUAAAAAUGGAAUUUUCAGUUUUGUAUUAGUAUUCCAAGAUUUUCACGAUGAGGAACGUUAAUCCUCAUCUCUUGGAAGACAAAAUGGACGAGGCGGUGACGCACUACAUCACCCACCAGCCCAGUGAAUCCGUUCAUGUGGAUGCAAACACACUGGCACUGAACAUACAAGAGGAUGAAGGCAGCAGAGUUGUGACAGUCAUGCCACAGAACUUCAGUCAGCAAUUGUGCCGACAAGUAUCAGUGGGGGAGCACGUGGAAGGGUGGGGGGAAGAAAUGCUUGACCCGGACGGCCGGCUAGCAGCCAUCGUGGCACAGCUCGCCAAAACCGGAGCCCAACAUUACCACCCACCACAUAAGCUAACCUCAGUGAGGGGCGAUGUGGAGUCCUCAGUUAUGUUAGACGGCCAAUUAAGGCUUUUCAACGCGCAAACUUUGGACCAGCAGGGUGACUCGAUAGUUGUGCAAAUGCCAUCGCUGCCGCCUUUACCACCGCUGCAGGAGAUGAAGCGGUGCUCCGACACUGACUGGUUCAACAAAUCCAAGAACAACAUGAAGACCAACAGCGUGCUAGACUCCGAAGGCCAAGUCCUGGAGUUGUCAGAUGCGUCGCCGGGCCAGAACCGGCAGCCCAGCAAAAAGAGCCUGCCGCACAAGAAGCGCAUAUCCCGGAAACUGAAACGGAAUACCGGCAACACCACCCCGCAGCAGGACAUAGUAGUAAUCAGCUGCAACGACGAAGUGCAACAGGAGGAAAUACUCCCGGACAACUAUGUGACUCAAGUGCAGCACCAAACACAUCUCGCUGAUGACGCACACAAUAUCACGCACGAGGUUCGGCCAGUGCUAAUAUGCUGCAUAUGCGGCGAGUACUACGGCGAAGAACAGCUGAAGUUCUACCAGCAUCUCAAGCAGCAUUAUGAACCACACGCCACCAUCAUUAUCGAGAACCCUGUGUCUGACUUAGGAAUAGAUAAGAUGACCAACACGUGCAUAGAGGACAAUGUGGCCAACCUACCAGACUCAAUAGUCGAACUAUCUUUAGAAAACACCGUCCCGAAAACUAUGUACCAAACGAUGGACAAACACAUCCUGUACACAUCAAGCGACAAGACGCUCCAAUACUCUAGUAAUAAGCUCCAAUAUUCCAUGGCAAGUAUGGAUAAAGAGGUGCCGAGUAACGAAGUGGAGAAAGCGGACUUGUAUGAUACUCUGGAUAAGUUGGAGAUGUAUAAUUGUAUGAAGUGCAAUAAGACUUUUAGGAAACAGAAGCAGUGUGAGGCGCAUAUUAAGGAAGUACAUGGGAAGCUGGAGGACAUGGGUGAGUUCAGCGAGCCCGAGGACCUGAUGGAAGGGAUCCACGUCGCCGUUGAGGGGGUGGAGCCCGCGGAGGGCGAGGCCUACGAACAGGCCCUACUUCCUCAUCUCACAGUGGAGAACGGGACCGUUCAUCAAGAACACGUUAGGCAUUGGUACAUGCGCGGCAACCAGCCGACCGCGUGCGGGCCGGACGCGUACUGUCCGGUGUGUCCCGCGCGGCCGGAACACCAGAACGACUCGCAGCUCAAAGAGGAAGUCUUCCAAAGAAUAUUCGACGUAGAAGUGCCGGCGGCUGAGAACUCCAACUUCGCGGACAACAUAAUACCGGACACCGAGAUACCGGAGGCCGAGAAACCGGACGAGAAGCCCGAGAAGGGGAAGAAGGGGAAGAGCUUCGAGUGCCCGCAGUGCGGGCGUGUGUUCCAGCACAGAAACAGCCUGCUGUACCACGUGCUAUCACAUAACGGGAAGCAACAUGUAUGCCGCGAAUGCAAUAAGGGAUUCUACACGUCGGGCGCACUAAAGAUCCACAAGCGGGUGCAUAACGGCGACCGGCCCUAUAAGUGCGAAGAGUGCGACCGCGAGUUCCGGCAGUGGAGCGACCUCAAAUACCACAAGGUGUCGCUACACUCCAACCAGAAACAUUUCAAGUGCGAGUUUUGCAGCAAAGAAUUCGCUCGCAAAUAUUCGCUGAGCGUCCACCGGCGAAUCCACACCGGCGAGCGUAACUAUAAGUGCGAGUAUUGCAACAAAAGCUUCCGAGCCUCCUCCUACCGGCUCUCGCACAUGCGGACUCACACCGGCGACAAACCGUUUAAAUGCUCAACGUGCGGCAAGUGCUUCCGCGUGGCCGGCGACCUGCGCCGCCACGCGCUCACCCACGACAAGCUCACCCGCGACAAGCACCCGCGAGUCAAGCACGAACCCGACAAGUCACCCAAAAAAGACAAGAAAGACAAAGAGCACAAGAAAAAACCACCCGCCACCACCACCAAACUGCCCAUCCUAAAAAGCAUCCUAGACAAAAAAUCACCCAAAAGCAAAAAGAAAAUCGGCGCCCCCAACGUUACGGUCGAUCCUGAUAAAGAGCAGUUCAAAAUCAAUAACGAAUUCACGAACAACGUUGAGGUAUUCGACAGUAGAAAUUACAAGUUUAAAGAGAUAUAUGUGGGCAAAGAGGAACAGCUGAGGCAGUACGAGUUAGAAGAUAGGUUACCCGAUGAGAGAAAUUUCGCAGUGCUCAAACCUAUGUUCAGACCGAACGAUUCUAUAGAACCGGAGAAAGUGUAUGACAGGAGUGAGAAUACUGAUGGUAAAAUGGCCGUUUUCACGCAAGUGGAGAAGAAGGAAUAUGCCUCGAUAGUGUCAAAUACGCAGGUCACUCUGGCUGAUAUUAAUAGACAUUUAGAGAGAGAGCCGAGAGAAGUUAGGAGCGACAGUCUUAACGGGGAGGCGAUAGAAAAUGGAAUACUCGAGAGGUUGGCGGCUCUGUACAAUAUACCUGCGGUAUGAGAGAUGUGUGUGCUUCGAACAAAUUCAGUACCUGUCUAAUUCCGUAUGGCUUCCGCGAUGAAACUUGGAAUUAUAAACUAUUUAUCUGACCGACAAGUAAACUAACUGUAAAGUAGUCGAUAGCUAAUAUUGGCAUAAAAACGUGAAUUAUGAAGUACUGUCCAGAACAGCAGUAUCACCUUCGCGUGUUACCGUCGAUACCCGAUGUAUCUUUCUAAAAUCCGAAGGUCAUUCUGAGAGUUAACGGACUGUAUCAGUAUGCAAUAAUCCAUAUUGUCUUCUUUAAAUGGGUUUUAGAAAUUUAAAAAAAGUUAUAGCGGAGUCUACUGCAAUCUUUUUUAAGUGUAUUUGUGAGAACAAUAAUAAUGAUAAUAGUGAUUUAACUCUCCAACGGCAAUAUAUUACGGGAAUACGCAAAAAGAGCCAUUAAGGGUGGUAUUCCGUCUGCCCAAUAUAUUGGUCCAAUGUCAUUGCGUCUUACUCUCUCAUUAAGCAAAAUGUGAGACAAAAUACACGUUGGACAAAGAAUUUGGACAGGUGGAAUACGAUCCUAAACUAUUUUUUUGACCGGAGGUUAAUUCAUUUGCGAAUAAACCAUUUAGAUCCUUACGGAAAGACGAAACUUAGUGAAAUUUACUUUUUUAUGUAAGCUUUUUAUUUACUAAAUUGUAAGAAAUACGACCUGAUAAUGUACCUAUUGUAUUUAAAUGUACAGUGUAGAGCAUUCUAAUUAUAAGUGUUAUAAUGGUGACAUUUACGAAUAGUUACUAUUUUCAAAUAAAAGGGGUGCGUCUUAUCUAAGCGAAAUAAAAUACCUUUCCGAAAAUGAUAAUGAUGGUGAUCGUAUAUAAAUAUGUAUACACGACCUUAUUGCCCAUAUAUUAAGGUAGUGUAUACAUAGUUUUGGCACUUUGUCCGUAUCGAUAUUAGUAGACGUGGCUGUACUAUUAUUCUGUGGCCUUAAGAUGGCUGGAUGGGAAAUGUUAUAGAAUUUGCCUUUUCUCUACUUCCUUUUCAAUGUGAGUAUGAAUUUGAUCCCCCUACAAAUGGGCAUUAUAUGAGUGUAAAUUUGAUAUCAACGGUUCUUUUGGUGAUAUAUUUAAGUAUUACAAAUAUAAAAUGUAAUCUUUCAAAAUAGGGUUAAUGCUAAGUACGGAUGUAGUGCUUAAUUGUUUUCCAUCGUAUUUACUCGGAAACGUUCGUAUUUGUCAUGCUACUUCAGUCAACCUCAGUACUUUUUGUACCGAGACUGACUGAAAUAGCAAGACACGUUCGUACGUUUCCGUGAAAAUACGAUGGAAAAUAAUUAUGCACUACAUCUUUACUCGAUACUGCCCCUAUUAUUUGGCAUCUUUAAUCUUAAUUAAUUAUAAUAAUAGGUUGUUUUUGUGUUCCUAACAAAUGUAUGACGUCGGAACAAGCUAACACUGCACAUACUUUACAGUGACAAAGUGUAGUAGUGUCAUCACAAACGUCAAAAUACUAUCGAAAUAGGACGUUUAUAAUGGCAUUUUCACACCGUCAAAGUGGGUUAUGAGUAUGAGUUAGCUUAGACAGAAUCUAGCAAUAAAUUAUAAUAAUAAAAGUAGUAGGCUAAGAGCUAGUCCCGGAAAAUGGUUAGUUCUGAUAUUUCUCCAUAUUCCAUAAAUAACGAUACUUUUACCUAAAUGGUUAAUUGAAAGUACCGUCAAGAAAUGCAAUAAAAGUUAUACUUAGUCAUGUUUAAAAAAACAAGUGCGGGUCGGACUCGCCCACCGAGGGUUCCGUACUUUUCAGUAUUUGUUAUAGCGGCAACAAAAAUACAUCAUCUGUGAAAAUUUCAACUGUCCAGCUAUCACGGUUCGUGAGACAGACGGACGGCCUGGUGACAGACGGACGGACGGACGGACGGACAGCGGAGUCUUAGUAAUAGGGUCCCGUUUUACCCUUUGGGUACGGAACCCUAAUAAGUAAGUAUUUAACUUUCCUCGUAUUCGACAUGAAAAGUAGUGUUUCACUGGGGUUAAUAAAGGCACCAUUUCAGCCUCGGACUAUUGGCGCUCUCACUGCGUUCAAGUGCCAAACUACCUCGGCAGAAAUGAGUGCCUUUCAUCUCUUGGUUAACUAUCUACUUUAGACAUCACUUGGUUUUCUGCAUAAAACACCUCCACACAUAGAGGCAGAGGUCCACAACGCUUGAUGUCAGGUGUCAUUACUGUUGUAUUCGUUCCGAUUGUAUCGAAAUCGAAAUUGUAUGCUGUAAAACUUCACAGGAAAUGUUUAGAGUCUCUGAUUCUGUGUUCUAGAGUCGAAUGUCAUCUGGAAUGAAGUAUAGUUAUCUAGACAGAUAGCCUACCGCGAACCACAUUCGACGUGUUGCCUCUCUGUCGCACUUGUAAAUUCAUACGUAAGUGUGACAGGGAGGCAACACGUCGAACGUAGUUCUCGAUAGGCACUCAGUUUUUUUUUUCUCAAAAUCGUUAACCAUUUUCCGGGACUAAUUCUCUGUCUAUAAUGGUGGUGGUCUACACACUGGCUGUUAUAUAUAACAUUUCGUGACAAGAACAACACUAGUGUUUUAUUAUGUUGUCCCAGUGACACAAUGUUAUAUAACGGUGUAAUAGCCAGUGCGGGACCACCAUAACAUAACAUCACAUAAUAUACUGUGGGACUGUAUAAAUAGCAUAAUAAAAUGACCAAAUUACUAUUGAUCAAUUGAAGAGUGUAAUAAUUAUGUUUACAAAUGAGUUAUUAAAAUAGGUAAUCCGGCGUUAAAUAACUUCCUAUGCGAUUCACGACUGUUUUCCAUGCCGUCUCGUUCGUUUCACUUAUUGAGGUAAGAGAUAGCGCUGAAUUGAAUCGCAGUUUAACUUGUUUAUUACUCUAAAUGAUGAGGCAGAUUUACGAGAAAAUAAAAUAAGUGGUGUUUUUUUUUUUCAAACGUAAAUAUUUUUUACACAUUAUUUACAUCAGUUUUGUCAUAUAGAUCUAUUGUAAAUUCUCUUAUAUAAUUGUGUAAAAAUGACUGAUAGCUGUAUAAAUUAGUUUAUAAAUUAAAAAUCGUAAGAACACUUUCUUAAAUAAUAUUUCAAUGAUCGCCGCAGCUCUAGGUAAUAGGUAGAUAGGUACCUACUGUAAUAUAUUUAAUAUAAUAUGGAAGUUCUAGAAAAAUACCUUUUAUAUGAAAGGAUGCAAAACCAAUCACGAUUAAUUUUAUUUGAAGCAGAAACGUGUACAAACGGUACCGCAAUACUUAGAAAUAUAAAUGGAAAAAUUAAGCAUCUGGCGAAACUGGAACUCUGGACUACGAGAUACCAACCCGCUGCUCUACCAACUAAGCUACCAAUAGCACAGAAUAACUAAUAGUACUACCGUACAGAAAAUUCACUCCUUCACAAAAGUCGCAUUUAUGUAUAAAAUUAUACCUAUACUCGUCGCCUGCAACAAAAUUGAAACUUAUAACUGCGCACGAACCGUGAAUCUCCUUUGAGCGAGCGCCACGUGACACGACUAUCGUGCGGUCGAGCGGCCUGCUCUGCCAUACGCCUGCCGCUCCGCGCGGCGCGCCGGCCAAAUGUACCUAAACUGCGUAGUGACACCCCCCUGCGAAUAGGUACUUACUCGUUGACAGCUAGAGCGUAGGUUGAGCUUAUCAGCAGGGGGCUGGUAUAGUCUGUAGAUUUGUAAGUGGACCCGAGCCGCUAAUCCUUUGUCUAUUUAAGUAAAACCGCACGUGCCUCUACCUGUAAAAAAAAGGGUCGUGUAAUUCUCUACGGUUACUGAGUGCUGGCGAGUCGAACCGUCUAAAAUCUGUCAUCGAGAUGCGUAACGAAGGCGCGUUAUCGCAGAGCGCACCUACACUGGUUUUUUGAGCGUUGGACUAGCUCGCGCUCAGGUGCCAAUUAGAAUAAUUAAGACCCUUUUUUGCAGGUAAGUAGCAAGUGUGGUUUUAAUUAACAAUAGACAAAGGAUUAGCAGUUCGGGGUCUGUUACGAAUCUACGGACUAUACAGUAUGAAUUUUCUCAAAUGAUUUUUACGCCUAAGACCCUAAUCUGUUAAACAAAAGCCACAUUGUUUCGUUUGUGCGAGCGGUGGACUCCCGUUUUGAGCGCGUGGCAAAGCAACAAUGUCGUUUAAAAAGCUGCUGUAUCGUAGUGGUUUUAAGGUCUAUGUAAUAAUAUGAGCGCGCGCCUAUAUUAACAAAAACAUGUUAGAUGUUCACAGACUUGAAUCUUAAAACCACUACGACACAGUCGCCUUUUAAACGACAUUGUUGUUUUGCCGUUUGCCGAAAAUUCGUAUUAAGUAUAUCCCGGAGUCGCGAGUUCGAAACUCGACCGAGACAGGAUUUUUUUCACUUAGGUAUAUUUAAGCAUUUUCAUGAUGUAUAAAAUUACUGUUGAAGACCAUAAAAGUGAUGGCAUUAAACUGGGUAGGGUUUCUUUUUUUGUGGAAUGCCCAGGUGUGAAUAAUUGAUGUAUGUACCUACAUUAGGUACCUACUAAAACUUGAAAACUGUAUUAUACUAUUGUACAUUUUUGUAAUUUACAUUUAAUAUUAGUUAAAAAAAGAAUAAACAGGAUUUCUAUUA